UUAGUAAGGCCGUGGACGCAGUAAUCGCGCAAUCGAUCAUAUAAGAGGAUGGUCUCCUGCCGCUACCGUUGCGAUCUGUAACUACUACUAGCCCUUUUAUCUGCAACUACCCAUUGACCGAUAAUUCCGCUAUGUCCGAACACACCUACAAGUUUGACGUCAAGAUGACCUGCUCGGGCUGCUCCGGCGCUGUCGACCGUGUCCUCAAGAAGGCCGAGGGUGUGAGCUCGUAUGACAUCAGCCUCGAGAAGCAGGAGGUCAUUGUGAAGGGCACGAUCCCGUAUGAUGAUUUGCUGGCAAAGAUUCAGAAGACGGGCAAGGAGGUUCGUUCUGGAGAGACUGUUGCCUGAUCCUGCCCGCGGCCAGUAGAUGGAUAUCGGAAGUUUCCUUCACUGUACUGGUAUCUUUGUGAAUGUCUAUAUAACCGGUAAUGUAGCCUGAGUUUGGAUUUUGUGGAACUAUUGAGUCUCGGCGUGGUUGUGGCAAAAUGCCUUUCAGGUCGAUCAUCC